AUGGCAAGAGGAGGAUUCUACGCUGUCCAGAAUGGACGUUCGAAUGGCGUUUUUAACACUUGGGAAGACUGUAAAUCUCAAGUGAGUGGAUAUUCUGGUGCCGUUUACAAGAAGUUCGAUACGCUGCCAGAAGCGGUGGCGUUUUCAAAUCGGGGCAGCAAUCGUUCAGAUAGUGGAGUCGAUAACAGCAGUAAUCUGAGAGGCAAUGGUUCACAAGAGACGGCGGAAGUCAUCCGAAGCCCACCAAGAGAUGAGAACCCAAUACCUCGGGACUAUGGAUUGGGUGCUCAUCAUCGCCGUAAUGCUCCAAAUCAUCUUUCUAGAAAUACCGAAAGUCGAAGCAGUGGUGGUAGCAGAGGCAAAAGCAGCAGAGGUGGAAUCAGCAAGGGUCAUAACAGCAGACCCAUUGCUCGAGGCUUAACUUUUUACGCGGUAAAGAGCUCAAACCCACAGGUUAAAGACGCAAUUUUCGAAAACUGGUCCGAAUGCAGGAGCUACGUUACGGCGAUCGGUGGGCUAUCCUUCAAGAAGUUUGGCAGCAGAAGUGAGGCCCUCGAUUUCAUUAACGGUGUCAGUUCAAAAGACUAUGACUACAUUGGAGUGGGUAAGGAUGAAUUCGCUAGACUUUACGCAAGAAAAGCUCAUUCAAAGGGAAAGCUACAACGUUGCAAUGUGUACUGCGACGGAUCGGCUCUGGGUAAUGGGAAGGAGUCUUCUCGUGCCGGUUAUGGAGUAUACUUUGAGAACCAUCCUGAUCAGAACAUUUCGGAGCCUUUGACAGAAGGUCUACCGACUAACAAUAGAGCAGAAAUUCAGGCAGUUUUCUCUGCCCUAGACAAAAUCUGGACAGAUUUGUCCCAAAAUGAAUCUCGAGUUCUUUUUCAAAUCAAAACGGACUCAGAAUACGUUUCAAAACUACUGAAUGACCGCUACAUGGGCUAUGACACUCAGAAAAUACAAACGUUGUCAAACAGCGAUUUGAUUAAGCCCUUGAUCAAAAAAUAUGCAAAAGUUAAAAAGUACUACGAGGUCAAUAAGGAGAGUUUUGGCGACGUCCCGUUCAAAAUUGAGUGGGUCAAGGGCCACGCUGGUGAGGCUGGGAACGAAAUCGCAGAUGAACUGGCCAGACAAGGAGCUAGCCGAGCAUAA